UUCAAAUCCUUCCUUUCCUUUUUGUGGUACACAACACACACAAUAUCACAUUUUCUCGUUUUUUUUUUUUUUUUAGUUUUAUUUGUUUUCUCUCUCUGAGUGAGAAACAUUCUAGGGUUUUCUUCUUCUCCUUCCGUUUUCUCGGAGGUUUUUCUUUUUCGAUCUGGUCGUGUUUGGUUCGUAGGAAAAAAGAAACGAGAAAAAAAACGAAAACAAGUGACCGUUACAUUUUUUUACCUCGUGAAUCAGAAAUUAGGUACAGUUUUCUGGUAUUGGAAGGCAGAAAUCAGAUCUUUCCCAAAGAACUUUGUGCAAAUGAUGUCCAGUUACCUGCUAUAAAUGCAGUGUAGCUUUGGAAAUGAGAAGUUUCCAGGAAUCGUGCGCUUGAUGGACUGCGCGCCCAGCAGCAGUGACAAGAAAACAUUGAAGAGGUGGUUUUUCAUAGACAAAAUGGUUGGGUAAACAAAUCUGGAUAAGGCACCUGGUUCUGCAUAUUGACUGACUGGCAGUUCAUAUCAAAGAAUUAGAUAAAUUCCUUCUAUAACUACUUUCCAAGUAAUCUGGAUCCAAUGGACUUGAAAACGAAUCAAGCUUCUCCUGUUUUAACUGAUCCUGCACCCAUAAAGAAGUCAAGACUAGGCAUGAAAUCUAGUUUGCUGCAGCACUCGAGUACGUUUAUAAUGAUUCCAAGAAAAAAGCCUGGCAAGCUUGAUGAUGUUCGAUCUAAUGGUUGGCUGGAUGCCAUGAAAUCCUCUUCACCCCCUCGGAAGAAGCUAAUUAAGGAUUUCAAUGUUGAGGUUGCUUCAGAUGAUACUGAUAUUGCUUAUUUCUCCUGGAUGCUGAAGUAUCCAUCAGCACUCAACUUUUUUGAGCAAAUUACUAAUUAUGCAAAGAACAAGAAGAUAGCAAUGUUUUUGGAUUAUGAUGGUACUCUUUCUCCAAUAGUUGAUGACCCUGAUCGCGCCCUUAUGUCUGAUGAUAUGCGUUCUGCUGUGAGAAAUGUUGCAAAGUAUUUUCCAACAGCAAUCAUCAGUGGAAGAAGCCGUGAUAAGGUUUAUGAUUUUGUAGGACUAACAGAACUCUAUUACGCUGGUAGUCAUGGAAUGGACAUUAUGGGCCCUCUCAGUCACACGGUGUCUGAGGAUCCCAAUUGUGUUGAUUCUAAUGAUCAACAGGGUAAGGAGGUGAAUCUUUUCCAGCCUGCUAGGGAAUUUUUGCCUUUGAUUGACAAGGUUUUUAGAAUCCUCGUUGAGAAUACUAAAGAGAUCAAAGGCGCAAAAGUUGAGAAUCACAAGUUUUGUGUCUCUGUACAUUACCGUAAUGUAGAUGAGAAGAAUUGGCCUGUUAUUGCACAAUGUGUUCAUGAUAUUCUAAAGGGCUACCCUCGUUUGCGAUUAACUCAUGGGCGGAAGGUUUUAGAAGUCCGUCCUGUGAUUGAUUGGAACAAGGGAAAAGCAGUUGAAUUUCUACUUGAAUCUCUUGGGCUUAGUGAUAAGAAUGAUGUGCUUCCAAUCUAUAUAGGAGAUGAUAGAACUGAUGAAGAUGCAUUCAAGGUGUUGCAGGAGGAUAAUCGAGGAUAUGGAAUAUUGGUAUCUCCUGUCCCAAAAGAAACCAGUGCAUUCUACUCUCUCAGGAACCCAGAAGAGGUCAUGAAAUUCCUCAACACCUUGGUGAAAUGGAAGAAUCAGGAAGAAGCUAAAUGCGCUAUAGAUUCGAAGAGGAGCAUGUAGUAAUUUACUUUAUAGUAUAGGCAUUAUUUCUAAAUUUUAUGUUUUCAUAGCAAAUGGAGGCUAUUAUAGCAAGCUGCAUUAUUUCCUAUCGGACUUGGCACUUCAGUUUUUUUUUUUUUUCCUUUGUAAAGCCUUUUUCCCCAAAAGCGGUCUAAAUUCACAGUUCAUCCCUUUAGUUGGGAUGAUUAUUAUUUAAUAUUAUUUUCCGACAUUGGUUUACCAAUGGAAUUUCUUUUCCUCUAAA